UUGUCAAAAAUUUCAAAUAACUCAAAUUAUAAUGCAGUUUAUAAAUGGGCACAAAAUUUUUGUCAUGAUUUUUCGCUAAGCAAGUAAAUAUUUAGAAAUUGUACUUUUAAACACUUUUUUUACAAACCUUUAUUUUAAUUUUUAAUUACGGGAACAGACCUCAAAUUAUAUCACACAAAUGUAAACACAGUAAGAAAGAAACAUUAUUCAUCAAUGAAAUAGGAAGAAAAAACAAGUCAGCUGAUCUAAUGAUAUUAAAAAAUGUCUCCUAAAAAUAAUGAUCCAGAAACAAAUCCAACAGAAGUCCAAGAUGCUACAGAGUUGCAAGAAAUGCAAGACCUAAAUGAAAGCCUUGAUGAACUGAGCACCGCUCUGGAUUUCUUUGAACAGAAGACAGAUAACAUAAUUAAACAGCUGAAAGAACUUUUACAUUCCAACAGAGAAAUCAGGAAGGAGAUACAAACCGAAAUAGAAAACGCUGACAAGAAUACACAAAAAUCAGAAUAAAAUGUAAUGCCAAACUUUUUGAAAUAAUA